CUGCUCUGGUCAUCUGUAACAUUCAAGCUAAGAAAAGCAAUCCUACUAUCUCCGGAAACACUUACAGAAUCCAUCCUGUUUCAAUAAUCACUUUAUUAAAUCAAAGAUGUCUCUAAUUCCAUCUCUGUUCGGCGACAGGUGCGUAUUCAACCCAGUUUCAUCCGAUAUUUGGGCGCCAUUGAGCUCCAACAAUGAGAUAUCUCAAUUUGCAAGUGCCCGGGUUGAUUGGAAGGAGACCCCAGAAGCUCAUAUAUUUAUGGCUGAUCUUCCAGGCCUCAAGAAAGAGGAAGUAAAAGUUGAGGUUGAGGAAGGAAGAGUUCUUCAGAUUAGUGGAGAGAGGAGUUUAGAGAAGGAAGAUAAAAAUGAAAAGUGGCAUCGUGUUGAGAGAGGGCAUGGAAAGUUCCUGAGGAGAUUCAGGUUACCACAAAAUGCCAAGGUCGAUGAAGUGAAGGCUUCAAUGGAGAACGGUGUACUCAAUGUUACGGUUCCAAAGAUGGAGGAGAAGAAGCCAAAGGUCAAAUCGAUUGAGAUUAUUGGUUAAGCUGCCUACUCUGCAAUGCUAUGUUUUCAAGUCCUGAGGACUCCUUGUCAACGUUAUUCAUCAGGUUUCUCUUGUUUGCCAUGUUUUAUACAGAGCUGUGUGAUUGCUAAUUCUCUGUAAAAUGUCAAGUGUUGGUUUAAGGGUAUAAAUAAGAAGUCUUAUU